GUCAGGCCCCAGGUCGCCGAGCAGUGAAACAAACAUGGCGACAGAAUGGAGCGGGCAGCAGGGUUACAUUCUCACUCUCAUUAUAUUCCUGUGGAGCGCAGUCGGUGGCCGCACAGAAACUGCGGCGUCCGGCGUCAGGGGCGGCGGCGGCAGCCAAGUGCUCGGCAUGCGGCUGGAGAGGAGCGACAAGCCGUCCAGCACCAAUGACGACGGUGUCAUCCAGGUGACUGAGGAGAGCUCCGUGCAGCUCCGGUUUUACGGGGUGCAGCUCCACUCGGGUGCCUGGACGCAAAUCCGCUUCACGGAGAUCGCGGACGGCGGCGGGGGGGACGAAGGUGAGGAAGGGGAGGAGGCGGUAGCGGUGGCGAGGGGCGGCAGCGGCAUGAUGGAGGCGCCGGACAGGACUUGUGUAGAUUUCACGAAGGACAUCAACGUCGGGACCUUCUUGAACGUCAGCAGUCGAGGCACGUCAGGGCUGCUUACCUUGCUCAUUAAGCCGCUCCGCAAGAGCGAGCCGCAAAAGGAGUACGCCCUGUGCACGCGGAGCAGCGCGGAUGUGAGCAGGUGGGUGUUGCUGGGGGACAGUGAUGGCAGGCUGCUGGUGGUGGAGGAGAAGAAGUCCCUUCUGCCCAUAUGGCUGCAGGGGAUCCUCAUCUCCUGUCUGCUGGUGCUUUCUGGGAUGUUCAGCGGCUUGAACCUGGGGCUGAUGGCACUGGACCCCAUGGAGCUGCGCAUCGUCCAGAGCUGUGGCACCGACAAGGAGAAGAAAUACGCAAGAAAAAUAGAACCCAUCCGGAGCAAAGGGAACUAUCUUCUCUGCUCUUUGCUCCUGGGCAACGUCUUGGUGAACACCACCCUCACCAUCCUCCUUGAUGACCUGAUCGGAUCAGGAUUGGGCGCCGUGGUGGCCUCCACCAUUGGGAUUGUCAUCUUCGGUGAGAUCGUCCCCCAGGCGCUGUGCUCCCGCCACGGGUUGGCUGUAGGAGCCAACACCAUCAUGGUAACCAAGUUCUUCAUGUUGCUUACCUUCCCGGUGUCCUUCCCUGUGAGCAAGCUGCUGGACGUCCUGCUGGGUCAGGAGAUCGGCACUGUGUACAACAGGGAGAAGCUGGUGGAGAUGCUGAAGGUGACGGAGCCCUACAACGACCUUGUGAAAGAGGAGCUCAACAUGAUCCAGGGCGCUCUGGAGCUCCGGAACAAAACUGUAGAGGAUGUCAUGACGCCCAUAGGCAACUGCUUCAUGAUCCAGGCGGAUGCUGUGCUGGAUUUCAACUUCAUGUCUGAGAUCAUGGAGAGUGGUUACACUCGUAUCCCCGUGUACGACGACGAGAGGUCCAACAUCAUGGACAUCCUGUACGUGAAGGACCUGGCGUUUGUGGACCCGGACGACUGCACCACCCUGAAGACCAUCACCAAGUUCUACAACCACCCGGUGCACUUUGUGUUUCAUGACACUAAACUGGACGCCAUGCUGGAGGAGUUCAAGAAAGGUAAAUCCCACCUGGCCAUCGUCCAGAAAGUGAACAACGAGGGGGAGGGAGAUCCGUUCUACGAGGUGCUGGGAUUGGUCACGCUUGAGGACGUCAUCGAGGAGAUCAUCAAGUCAGAGAUCCUGGAUGAGUCUGACCUUUACACGGACAACAGAAAUAGGAAAAAGGUGGACCCCAAUAAAAACAAGCCCGACUUCUCGGCCUUUAAGCAGGAGGGCGACAGUAAAGUGAAGAUAUCUCCUCAGCUCAUGCUUGCGGCUCAUCGUUUCCUGGCUACAGAGGUCAGCCUGUUCAGCCCGUUCCAGAUCACAGAGAAAGUCUUACUGAGGGUCCUCAGCCACCCGGACGUCAUCCAGGAACUCAAGUUCAACGAAAACGACAAACGCUCACUGCAGCACUUCAUUUACCAGAGAGGGAAACCUGUCGACUACUUCAUCCUCAUUCUGCAGGGGCGAGUGGAGGUAGAAGCUGGACACGAAAACAUGAAGUUUGAAACCGGCCCGUUCUCAUACUACGGAGUCAUGGCUCUGAGCUCACCAUCCCUGGAGUUUCGUUCUCCGUCACACAGUGGCAACCUCAACCGCUCGGCGUCUCUGAGCUGCACUGAGCGCGCUCCAGAUAACGGCUCCGUCGGCGGGAGCAUCACUCAGAUCCCGGGCACCCCCUUCCAGUACAUCCCAGAUUUCUGCGUACGUGCUCUCACAGACCUGCAGUAUGUGAAGAUCACUCGUGCUCAGUACCAGAACGGUCUCCUGGCGUCCAGGCUGGACAGCACGCCACAGUCUCCAGAGGGCAGUCACACUCGUCUGGACACGUCUGUGUCUUUGCCCCCUGUGACACCACCGGGGACCCGCGCUCCUCUGCCGCUGGUCACUCCUCCCGCAAAGCAACCGGCGUCUCACACUCAGCUGCCGCCGAGCAGCCGCGCUGCUCUGUCCCAAGCCGCCUCUUCCUCCCGCCGCACACCGAGCCAGUCUCUGCCCCAAGCCACCCCCCCUCCGAGCAACCACACACCCCUCUCCAUACCCCCUUCAUCCUUCAUGAGUUUAGCGACGUGCACCUUUAACCCCAACCCAUCUCUGCCCUCCUCCCUCUCCUCUAAGUCCCAGCAGUCGCCUCUCUCUACUAGCCCGGACAACGGGCCGGGAGAGACCACCACUCUGCUCAGUGAGCAGCAGAACUGUGUGGGCCCGCGCAGGCCCAGCCACACCCAGGCACCCCCUAACCCACACGUCCACACCAUCAGUCACACACACACUGAAAGCACCAUCUAACUAAAGUCCCUGUGCACUCACUCACACAACACACACUCGCACUACUUCCUGUUUCCUGUUUGCUUGUUGUCUCCUGAACUUUUCUGUAGACGUCUGAGGUUUGCUGAUGAUCAGCACUUCAUGUGUAUUUUGUAAACAUAGAUCCUCUUUUAUCCCGUCCUGCAUGCCCCCCCUCCCGACACUAAAAAAGAUCCAGAAUAGACUACAGAGAUGGCACACUAGCACCUGAAGGUGUGGUUCUGUGAAACGGGCUUCCAGCUGUAAGACGCAGCUUUAUUGGGUUCAUUUACCCAGAAACACUGUGUUCAUUUCCCUGAUUGCUGUUUGUGUGAUAUUACUGUAAAUACUCUGUACAUGAAGAAAUGGGCAUUUGUGUGAUGCUGACAGAGAAGUUAAAAAUAGCUCUAUUUAUAACCAGAGAUGAGAUGUUAUUCCAAGUUUUAUUCCCCCAUUGUUUUGCUAGGAAGGCAUUAAAUAGCAAUAAACAUUGCACAGAGUUGACCUCAAAUGAUAAUUUACUCCUAUCGUCUGUAGCUUUCUUCAAUAUUUUGACAUGAUAACCAAAGCUUUUUUUUCUCAGCCAAAAUUCCUUUCCCAUCCUUCCCCUUUCCUGUCAUCCUUCGCCAUCCUAUAUCUCCCUCUUGUUCGUCUCCUCCCACGCUUCCUUCUCAGUUUCCCUCGUCUAUUAUUUCCCUGCCCUUAUCUUGACUCGUCUCCCGCCGCUCAAAAGUAUUGAAAUUCCUGCGGCUUUGACUACCGGUCUGAUUCGCUUAAGCCGUUUUAAUUGUUCAGACCUUUUUUUUUUUUCUAUCAUGGGACUGGAGCCGGGGAGCAGGGCUUAUCAGCAACUCCUGUAGUGUUGUUUUUAGCCCUGCAGCGGUGUGAUGAUUAGACCUGUACGAAGGUUAAAUAUUUUCUGGUGCAGAGUUCUCAGGCCAGUGAGUUUUCCACACUGUAUCAUUCACAAGUGGAUUGUUUCAAUCGUUUAGGGUUUCAUGCAUGUGAAGCGAUGCAGAAACAAAGGUGAGGAGAGUGAAGUGCCCCAAAACAUGUUUUUUGCAUCUAUUAUCAUCCUUCUUUUGAGGUUUCUUUGUACCGCAAAGAGAGAUCAGGCCGUAUUCAGAGUCGCAGUGCAGGUUUGAGAUAAUUCAAGCUCCUGAAAUACAAAAGUAUUCAUAAGUAAGCAUUGCAACAAUGUUUUAAAUGAAUCCAGUUUGCUCUUAUAAACUCAGAUACGGAAGUAAAGUUAUUUUCCUUUUUUCAUAUCCCCAGGGUAUGUGAAGUAGAUACCUGUUUGGCAGGUUUGAAUAUUCAGACAUGGCUACAUGUUUGAUUUGGUUGUGCAUUUUCUUUUAUUGUAAUGAUUGAACAAAGAUGGAGGAACACUUCCAAACAUGGAUUGUGUAACUUUAAAGCAAUGUGUACAUACUGUUUUAUAAGUACUGUAAGGCAUUUGAAGAAAUCUAUGAGGUUAAUAAACCUGAGAUAUAUUUCUCUACAGAAAAUCUGUCUUUGUUUGAUUCAUAUACAAAAGUUUUCUGUGGAUUUCUGCAAAUUAAGUUUUCUUUUAGUCUGCAGGAUUUUUUUAAUUUCAUGUUAACUGAUGUGAGAAAUGUUUACAGGAUGUGUGGGUGGAUCCUGAAAUGUUAUCAAAAGGAAGCGAGUUAUUAUAUUCCUGUCAUUUCUAAUCCUGCACUUCUUCUCAUGCACUGAAAUAGAAACAUUGAUACAUGACAGGGAAUAUGUGUUUUAUGACUUUGGACAAAUUAAAAACUAUUGUGCAACUCAGUUAAAAGGAUGGUUCACAUUCUUUGUCCUAAAACGAUACUUUUUAUUCAAUAAAAUAAUGUACGACACUGAGAACUAAAUGUUGGGGGAGUAUAUGACAGAAAAGAAAC